AUGGGAAACUGCACUGUAGUCACAGAAUUAACAUUGGGGGGAUUUAAAGGUCAGCCAGAGCUGAAGAUUAUUCUUCUAGUUCUCUUCUUGUCAAUGUACAUUAUUACUCUGGUGGGGAAUAUUGGCAUAAUGGUAGUCAUCACUGCUGACUCCCAGCUCCACACCCCAAUGUACUUCUUCUUGAAGAACCUAUCUUUCUUGGAUGUUUGCUACUCUUCUGUCAUCACUCCCAAAGCCAUAAUGAACUUUGCAACUGGGAACAAGGCCAUUUCCUACCAACAAUGUGCAACCCAGAUGUUCUUCUUCUCUCUUUUUGGGACCACAGAGGCUUUCUUCCUGGCUGUGAUGGCAUAUGAUAGAUUCACUGCUAUCUGCAACCCACUGCUCUACCAUGCCAUUAUGUCCAAGAAGAGGUGUGUUUGCCUCAUAUGCAUUUCUUACUUCUUUGGUUGUAUCAACUGCUGUACCCAGACAGGUCUGACGUUCAGUCUGUCAUUUUGUAGUCCUAUGGACAUAAACCAUUUCUUUUGUGAUGUCCCAGCUGUUAUGAAGGCCUCUGGCUCAGACACAUUGGUGAAUGAAAUUGUGCUCCUAGUGCUUUGUGGGUCUAUUAUUGUAACCACAGCCAUAAUCGUACUUGUAUCUUAUAGUUACAUUGUUGCCACCAUCUUACGCAUACCAAGUGUCAGAGGGAGACACAAAGCCUUUUCAACCUGUACCUCACAUCUCAUGGCAGUAAGCUUAUUCUUUGGGACAGUUUUCUUUAUGUACGCCCAACCUGGGGCCAUCUCCUCUCCCAAUCAGGGAAAGGUAGUUUCGGUUUUCUACACAAUUGUCAUCCCAAUGUUGAAUCCCAUUAUCUACAGCCUAAGAAACAUGGAAGUCAAAGAGGCUCUAUAUAGACAAUUCAGAAAGAAAGCCUUCUCCCACUAA